GGGGCAAAAUUUUAGCACCAAAACAGCCGAUUCAUUGCGACAUGCGAUCCGGAAUCCGUAUGUAUAAAUCUACUUAUACACCAUACACCUAUACAUUACAAUUUGACCUUCACACUAGUUGAUGAGAUCACAGACGACAAUGGCCUCCCAAUUCCCUACUAAGAAAUGCGGCGUGUUGGGCUGCACUGGCUCCGUGGGUCAGCGGUUCAUCUUGCUCCUGUCUCAACACCCACACUUCGUCCUCCAUGCCGUGGGAGCGUCGUCUAGAUCCGCCGGUAAGAAGUAUAAGGAUGCCGUACGAUGGAAGCAGGCCUCUCCCAUGGGUUCCGUGGGCGAGCUUGUCGUCCGUGAGUGCAAGUCUAGCGAGUUUGCCGACUGCGACGUCGUUUUCAGCGGCCUGGACUCGGACGUCGCUGGUGAGAUCGAGAUGGAAUUCCUUAAGGCGAACCUAGCCGUCUUCUCCAACGCGAAGAAUUACCGUCGGGACCCUCUCGUGCCCCUCGUCGUCCCUACUGUCAACCUGCCGCACCUCGAUUUGAUCCCGCACCAGCGGAAACACCAUGGCUUAGAGAAGGGGUUCCUGGUGUGCAACUCGAACUGCGCAGUCAUCGGCCUGGUAAUCCCGUUCGCGGCGCUGCAGGCACGCUUCGGCCCCGUCGACACCGUCAGCGUUGUUACCAUGCAAGCCGUUUCCGGCGCCGGUUACCCCGGCGUCAGCAGCAUGGAUAUCAUGGAUAACGUGGUACCUUUUAUCUCUGGUGAAGAGGACAAGCUCGAAACCGAGGCGCGCAAAAUCCUCGGCGGCAUCAACAGCGACGCCACUGCCCUCGUCGAGCAGGAGGAGCUUCGCGUGUCUGCGGCCUGUAAUCGCGUUCCGGUACUUGAUGGACAUACGGCCUGUGUCUCGCUGCGGUUCAAGAACAGGCCUGCGCCGAGCGCGGAGGAUGUGCGUGCUGCCCUGAGAGAGUACGUUAGCGAGGCCGAGAAGCUAGGGUGUCCGAGUGCCCCACGCCCGAGCAUCCAGGUCUUCGAUGAGCCGGACCGUCCGCAGCCGAGGCUCGAUCGCGACUUGAGUCGCGGGUACACGGUUAGCGUGGGUCGUGUGCGCGAGGACGAGAGCGGGAUCUUCGAUAUCAAGUUUGUCGCGCUGAGCCAUAACACUGUCAUCGGAGCUGCAGGUUCUUCGAUAUUGAAUGCGGAGGCGGCAGUACUGAAGGGGUUCAUCUAGACGACGAGCGAGCAUCUUGCUAGCAUCUACGGGCGUUUUCGGGCGGUUGGCUGGUUGGUUCAUUUGCAUUGGGAAGAUACAAAAAGGAGGCAAGCAUCUAGUCAGGCAUCUGUAGAUAUGUAUUUAAAAAGAGACGACCGAUGUGCAACAAAAAAUUCAAUCUGCUAGAAGUUUAAGUUACUAUCAUUCCUCGAAACCAUCGCUCGGUUGACCUAGCAAGGGAGGUUAUAAUAAACUUACCAGGUCAUAAUGUCGCCCGGUACCAGCUGUGACGCCCUAAGACAAUUCAGAUUAUG